UCAGCUGCCCGUCAGGAUAGUCGCAUCACUGGUGAUUUUGGCGCCAUCAGCACCCUUGAUGCUUUCCCUGGGCUCACAACUGCCGUCGUGCGGCUGCUCGGUAUAGCGCUGCACACAUGCCAAGACACACAAUGAAGGGAAGACAGACUACGUGUCCUUUCCUCUUCAGAUGCGCGCCGUACCACUCGGCAUUUGCUGGGGGAACCUUCGCCUUUUGCACACCGUAUCUGCACCGGCGAAUGCCCACAUGCGGACACGUACGUGUGUGGGUAAUAGUCUAUGCUCACCUCUACGGAGACCCCAUUGAGGUCGUCGCCAUCGGGAGGCGCGUCGCCCUCCAAUGUCUCUAUCUUCAACCAAAUGGCGUCCUCAGAGACAUUCGGGCUAUCGCUGCCUGUCUCGCUUUCUUCGCAAUCACUCGUUGCGGCUCUGACGGGCACACAGACGAGGGUGUGUGUAGGGGCAAAGGGAUCAAAGCAAGGUACCCACCCAUUCUUUCGAAUGCAAGCUUUCAGGUCCGCAUCUCCUUCUUCGCUGUCGAGGCCUGGCAGAGUCACAGAGAACCACCACAGUGGACGCUGAAGCUUGGCUGACAUCAGUGCUUACCGACAGCCAGGUAUUUCAAGGGGGAAUCCUCCUCCCAGUUCACAACCACUUCUUCGGUUUUCCCCUCCGCGAUGGAAAACGUCCGGUCGUUCCUGGUUUCUGAUGAAAUGAGUGCACACACACAUGUCAGGCUCUCCAUGUUGUCUUUCUGAGCUUUUGCCCUGUGGACGCACCCGGGCACGCUGCAAGAGAGCGGAAGUGGCGCACACCUGACGCAGAGAGCGAGAUGGGAAUGGCGCACAAAGAAGAGAAGGCAAGCAGGCGGCAAGCGGCCAUCGUGUUCUGGUGCGUCCCGUUGUCUGCCCUCGCUCACUUGGUCCGGCCAGCCCAGGAGAGGCAAAGAAGGACAGGCAGAAGAGAACGGCGAGGGUCGGGAGGGAGACCAU